AUGCAAAACAGCCGCCCGAUUUGGUUCGCGAGCUCUGCACAGUAUGUGAGAGUGUGUGAAAGGAAUGAGAGGAUUUUAAAGCGCGCCUCCCGAGUGGCCGCCUUGUUAGAGUGUUAUGGGCUUUUCGAUCAGCUAAAGGUAUUUGCACCUCGACCUGCAGCCCGCGAAGAAACCCUUUGCUUUCAUGGAAGCGAAUAUCUUAACUUUCUUGCAAAGGCUAGCGCGUCGGAUGACCCUGAGCGUUGCGAAAUUGAAGGCAGGCGCUUCGGACUCGGUUUCGAUUGUCCGGUAUCUGCAUCAGUGUAUGAAUAUGCCACAUUGAUAGCCGGAGGCACUCUCAGCUGCGUGCGUGCACUGGAAAAAGGUUUAACGCCGAUCGCCAUCAAUCCGAACGGGGGUUGGCAUCAUGCUAGAAGUAACUCUGCUGCCGGGUACUGUUAUAUCAAUGACUGCGUUCUUGGUAUCAUGAGGUUACAGAGAAAUUUUCGCCGUAUUUUUUAUUUGGAUCUGGAUGCUCAUCAUGGUGAUGCGAUCGCCCCUCAUACGAGCUAUGGCUGUCAGGAGCAGGGUGGUGGAGCAUCUCGUCAGAGCGCUAAACUUGCUGCUUUUGCUGCUCUUGAAGUUAACCAGCUUGUGCGUGUACCUCAUGACAGACAUGCAGAGUUUGUCUCAGGUGAUUUCGACGUUAUCAGAUUCGAGGCGGUUUCUGUUAUCGAUGGUGUAUACCCGAGCUAUCCUGCUGUGCUGGAGGUUGUGAUUGACGUUUUCUCGUUUGGCCUGAUGCGACGGCAGUACGUCGAUUGUGGCCGCAAUCAAUCAGUGGUCAGUUUGAUGAAGUGCUUCUGUCCCGUUGGAGCUUUAUGCCAUGUCUUUAUUCCUGUGUCGAAUCAGGAUGUGAUCGACUUGCUGAUCCUUGUGGCCUUUUCGGUCGAAUGGCUGCCUAAUGACGAGCGCUGCUCCAUUCGUGUACUUCAGUUCACCGAAGUAUGGAAAGACAGGUACACGUUGGACAGCGCUACCCGUAUGGCGGAAAUUUUUUGGCGUCGGUUUGGAAGAUGUCGUUUGCGGGCUGCCGUUAGAACCGGCGUGUCAACUGCGCGGUCUGGUGAUAUUAAGGAUAUUCCGGAUGGCCAUUUGAUGUGA